CGGCGACUAGGAGGCAGGAACAAUGGAGGUUAAAGGUCGAGCGGAAGUUCCGGGAGCUUCGGGUGACCUGCUUGAGUGCGAGCUAUGGCCAAACAUCACCCGGAUUUGAUCUUCUGCCGCAAACAGGCUGGUGUUGCCAUCGGAAGACUGUGUGAAAAAUGUGAUGGCAAGUGUGUGAUCUGUGACUCCUACGUGCGCCCGUGCACCCUGGUGCGCAUAUGUGAUGAGUGUAACUACGGCUCCUACCAGGGGCGCUGUGUGAUCUGCGGAGGCCCGGGAGUCUCCGAUGCCUAUUAUUGUAAGGAGUGCACCAUCCAGGAGAAGGACAGAGAUGGUUGCCCAAAGAUUGUCAAUUUGGGGAGCUCUAAGACAGAUCUCUUCUACGAACGCAAAAAAUACGGCUUUAAGAAGAGGUGAUUGGUGGGUGGCCUUUCCUCCCUCCAUUAGGCUGCCGAAGCUGCCAGAAGAGACGCCUGCUACUGCCAACAGAAAGGGAACGAAGCACAGCACCUUGCCGGAACCCCUCUCAGUACACUGGCGCCCCCCGCCCUCCUCUCUCCUCUCCUCUCCCCCCACGAGGCGAUGGAAUGGAAAAGGGUCGGCACAGAGGGUUCUGGUGGACUGGGUCAGAAAAACUGAUAGAGUAGUUCAUGGUUUUUCUUGAAUGCAGGAAGCAAAACUCCGUCUUCUGUAUUGAUAAGUUCUCUACGCCAAGAGCUUCUCAAACAGAAAUAGUAUCAUUUCAGCGUUCUCGAGGAGUCCACGGGAGGUGCCUGUGUUCACACAGCAGCGCUGACGGCAGCUGUCUUCGAUGAAACAUCCGCAGGGGCAGGGAGCUCGCGGAGCAAUAAACGAGGGCAUUUAAUCUUGAUGACACUUACUGGGUAGGGCUGGUUCAUGUUACUGUUUUUUAAGAAAAUAGAAAACCCUUUCUGUUGCUAUUAAUAAAGGAGGUGUUUAUUUUCUGGCA